AUGAAUUUUAGAGAAACCUAAAAAAAAUUAUAUCCUUAUAAAAGACCAUCUAUUAACAAAAAACUUCUUUAAGGCAUUUAGUAACAAGAUGGCUCAUAAUAUUCGGAAACUUUUUUAAAAAAUUUUGACUCUAUAAAAUAGUAGAAUAUAAAAAUAAGUGUUAAAAAAAAUUGCCCAGAAGAUAAAGAAUAACAAAAAGGAUAUGAAAUUUCUGUAAAAAUAGCAAAAGAGAAUUCAUUUGAUGAAGCAUAUUAAGAGAAAUUAAUCUAAUUUAUUAAGAAAUUUUUUUUUAAUGGCCAAUUCUAAUUAACACUAUCUUACCCUCAUAUAAUGGGAGAAAACUAAAAAAAUGAUUUAUCAAAAGAAUUUAAAGAUCUAUAAUUUUAGAUGAAAGAAAUAGUAUUUGAUGAAUCCGAUUAUUUAUUUUAUUAAAAAAUUUACCAAUUCAAAGGUUAAGAAAAGUUUGGAAUAUCUGCUGAUUUGUAAAUGCUAAUAUUUGAUAAAUUUAUAUUUUAAGAUUUGGAAUCUAAGGCUAGAAAAGAAGGGUAUCAUUUUGAAUGCAAUUAUAAAGAAUUUUAAUGUUCCAUCCCAACUCCUAAUUAUACAUUACAUGAUAUAAAGAAACAAAUGCAAUUCUUCGUUAAUAAUGUCUACAAUACUUUAAAUAAAUAUGAUAUCAUUGAAAUUGAUACUAAAACAAAGUAGGAAUCCUAAAUAAUCUAUAAAUUGGUGUAAAAAUAUCAAAAAGAAAUGAAAAAGUAAAUGAAUACAGAAAUAUUUCCUGUGAUCAUUAAUCUUAAUAAUUUAUAAUAAAAACCUGAAAAAUAAUUAGAUGGUGAUUUUAUAAAAAACAUCAUUUAAAAAUUAAAGUUUGAUAAACUCUAUUUAGUUUUGGAGAAAAAUGAGAAAGAUUUAGAUGUAAUUUAGUAAGAAUUUAUGAAAUUUAUGAAUAGUAGUAAUAACAUUUUUUAUGAUAGUUAUAAUUAUUAUGUUUAAUUUAAAGAACCUUAGGAAGAUGAAUUUUUUAAUUAACAAUUUGAAAAUUUGUAAAAAGAGUUUAAUAAUAUAAGUAUCUAUGUAUCCCUCCCAAAAUAAAUUAAUUAUAAUGAAUAUGAAGUUUAAAUUUUAUGUGAAACUUGGCAAGAAAUUUUGAAUAAUCCUUCUAAAUUUAAAUAAGACUGUAAUUAUAUCAUAAAAAAGUUAUAACAUAUUUAUACACCAUAUAUUCAAAUAAGAAUGAAGGAUUAAUAAAAAAUAUUAAUUUGGAAGGAAUAUUUGCAGAGCUAGCUUGAUAAAUAAUUGAUUUAAUAUAUCACUGAUGGUAUUAAGAGUUCGAAUCGUAACGAAAAUUAAAAUGAUUUUAUUAUUAGAAUAUCAACAAUUCUUCCUUAAUACGAAGAAGAAUAGAGAAGAAUAAAAUAACAAUUAGAAAAUUUUCAAUUAUCGAUUGUUGAUGUCUAUAAUGAUAAUGUAUAACUAUAAAAAUUCAUUGCUGAAAAUAUUGAUAAAGAUGAAUUUGAAAAUAUUUUAAACAACUUCCAACAGCAAGAAAAUGCAAAAAUAGCCUAAAUUAAAUUAUUCGCUCUUUAGGGAUAGAAAUUUCAAUUCAAAGUUAUUCAUUAUAAUAAAUAUUCUAGAAAUGAUAUAGAAGAUGUGAUAAAAAGUUAAUUCAUUAACGAUCUAAAAUAAUAAGAAAUUAAAUUUCCUUUUAUCUCAUUUCUUAAGUAUCAAAAGUUAGAAAUUCCAAAACAAAUUACAGAUAAAGAUAUUUUAUCAGUUAUCCCUAAGGAUAAUAAAUAAAAUGUAAUUAUUAUAGGGAAAAACUAAGAUAUAUUGAAAUUUCAAGAUAUUAUUAAAGAAAUUGAAAAAAAAUAUUAGGAUAAUAGAAUGAAAAUUCAACUUUUUAUCAAGCAAAAAUCACUUUCAGAUGAGAUACUCAAGAUAUUGAAAUAGCAAGACUUUUGUUAUGUUUCAUAUGAUUAAAGAAAAUAUAUAUAAACUAUUGAAUUUUUGAAGCAAGACUUUGACAUUAUCUAUAACCUUUUAAAAAAUUUAGAACAAUCUUAUGAGACUUGUAAGGUGCUUAUUCUGGAUGUUAAUGAUUAAAAGAAAAUUGAAAAGAUAAAUCUAAAAGAAAUUGAAAAAAAAGAAUAAGUAAUUAUUGAUAUUUAAAGUGUCUCUAUAAUAAAUCCACUGAAAGCAGAAGGAUUUCUUCUAAAUAUAGGAUAUAAUAAAAAAAUAAAAUUUAUAAAAGGGAAUAUAUCUUAAAUCUAAUGUUAAGCUAUUGUUUUAGAAUUUUUGAAAAAUGUCGAUUUUAGUGAAGAAAGACUUUAAAAUGAUUAAAUCAAAAAUAUAAUAAACUUCAUAUAAGGGGAAAAUAAUAAAAAAGAAUUAUUAUAAGAAUGGAAGUUUUAAAUCUAAGAAUAAGAUAUAAUAGAUAUUCAUUGUUAAAAAUUGAAAAAUCAUAAAAAUUUAAUAGAUUAUUUAUUUUAAAUUUAUCCAAAAUUUAAUAGGCAAGCUGCGAGUUUGGAAAAUAAUUUAUUGCAUAUUAAAUCUCUAAUUACAAAAGUAUUUUAAAAAAGCAAAGAACACAAUAUAACAUAAAUUGCAUUUCCACUCAUUGGAGUUGGAUUAUUUGGUUAUAACUUAAAAGAAAUUUAAUAAGUUUUAAUUUAAGAAAUAAUCUCUUAAUUGUCAUAUUAAAAUUGUUAAAUAUCAUAAGUGUUUGUAUAGAAGACAACAGAUUUGAACAUGAUUUUAAUAUAUAAUGAUUUUAUAUUAAUAAUAGUUAUUUAGAAUGAAUAGGAUUAUAGAUAAGUUUAAGAAUAUUGUAAAAUUAUUUCAAAUAACACAAAUUUGAAUUAGAGUAAUUAUAAUUAAUAAAGUUUUAUUACAUAGGUUGCUAGUUGUUAAAUAGAAAUAGAUGGUGAUUUAAUUGAUAUUGAAGAUUCUUAUGUAAUUGAGCAAAUUAGCUAUCAAUAUUAACUAUUAAAAUAGGGUUAAUAAAUUGAACCUUUUACUAUUACACACCCUUAUUCAAAAUAUCCAUUCACUCAUUCAAUUGAUUUGAAAAAUAAUAAAAUGAUACAAGAAAAAAACAAUACUUAGUAGAAAAUUGAGUUUAUAGAUUUAUUUAAACAAAGAAUAUACUUUAUUGAUUAACAAUAAGUAUCUGAAAGUCUAAAUUAAUAUUUAUUAUUAAAGCAUGAAUAAAAUAAGCUAAAUGAAUUUAAAAUAUAUUAUGCAUAAGAUGAAGUGAAAGUAAUUAAUUCUUAAUUUUACAUAAAAACCAAUUUUUUUGAAAAUUUUUAAAAAGUUUUUAUUAAAUAUAAGAAAGAUUAAUUUAAAUAGGAAAUUCUAAUUAAUUUUGAACAAUUUGAAUAAUAAGGUGAAGAAACAGAUAAUAAUGACUUAAAAUGGUAACUUGAGAUAUUGUCUGACAAUAUAUAAAAAAUUAAGAGAGCCAUAGAUUCAAUUAAUUAAAGAAGGAUAUGA